UCUUUUGAAAGCUUGACUCCCUCCAACAGUAACAGCACAGCGCAGCAUUCAGUACUGGACAAUGACUGGCACUUCAACUUUAGCAUGCCUUGGAACAACAUGCCCUCACACAUAAAAGACACUCUCAAGAUGGAAGAACGCCCAUCUGCUAGGGACAGAAGAGAGGUCAUCAGGCUGGUAGCUGCAGAAAUCCUGGCAGUUUGUCAAAAUCCAAAGAAGAAACACUUAAAUGAAAUUGCACGCAAGAUGGUCUUGGCGUAUCCUAAGUCAUUCAAGGAUGUAAUUGAGGGUGAUGUAGUAGGAAGUGGUUAUGAUUCCCUUGCAAAACAACUUCAGUGCAGAGUUGACAACUACCAAAGAACACAGCCAAUGAUUGCUCAAUCCGGAGUUGAUGAGAAAAGCAGACGGCGGAAAACUGAAUAUGGAUGUGUAAGCCCUGAUCUGGUUCCUGGAAACCUUGAAGUACAACAAAAGAAAAAGGAAGAACUAAAGAAAAUGUUUGAGAACAAUGACCAAGACAAGAAAAAGAUUGAGAUGCUGAUGUUCGACACAUUUGCGUCCCAAAGAAGAGAUGUUGUUGAUGAAGAAGACACACAAACCAUGAAAGCGGAGUGGCCCUACUUAUUUCAUACCACUGGAUUGAAGACCCAUUUUUGGAAACUUACUGGUGUCCAAAUGGAUGAAGAAUUUUAUGAAACCAUGACCAGUAAAUUCGAACGCAUUCUGCAUUUCUUCAAGUGUCAGGUUAGGGAAAAAGGAAGCCAUGCAGCAGAGCUGCUGCAUGAUAUCCAUUCUGCAAAUUCCAGUAAAGAUCCCAGUGGUGCCGUACUGAUGCUAUUGCUCCACUUCAAGGAAGAAGAAAGGCACAUGUUUGUUCAUGUUGAAGACACUUGCGUGUCAUCUGAAGUAAGACAAGAAAAUCUGCCAUCUACUCCAUGCAUUGUGGUGUGUGGAGACAGCCCACUGACAGCAACAGGAUUCAUGGUGGCAAUUGAUCAGGUGGUUGUGAUGGAAAGAAUUCCCACAUUGACCAAUGCAGUGGUUAACAUGUUCAUGAUGUACUAUGUCAUGAAUAUUGACUACCCUGCAGAGAUUUGCACCACCCUGGAGUUCCUUCAAAGGUGCAUUUUCAGAAUCAACCCCGAUCAUGGUACAAAAGUGGAAAAAAAAGGGAAACGGAAACGGUUGGCUGUCAACCCCAGGGUCCUUUCACUCAUCUCAAAGAUAUCUGAGUACGAUUGGAUGGAGUGACUAUUUCAAGAAGAAUGAGCUGACUAAGAUGCAAGAUUUCCCAUGAAGCUGCUGUUACUGUUUGUGUUUAUAUUGUUCAUGUCUGCAAUUGUAACAGCAUUGGCUGUUUGAUCUUUCCAGACAGAUUGUUUUAAUUCUCAUGAAGCUGCUGUUACUGUUUGUGUUUAUAUUGUUCAUGUCUGCAAUUGUAACAGCAUUGGCUGUUUGAUCUUUCCAGACAGACUGUUUUAAUUCUCAUGAAGCUGCUGUUAUUGUUUGUUUAUAUUGUUUUCGUCUUCAAUUGUAACAGCGUAUAGC